AUUAUUUUACAAAAAAAAAAAUAGAGGGGAAAUCAAAAUCCCGCUCACUCGUAAAAAAUAACUUUUGCUUACUCACUCGUUACUCUUCUUCUCAUCUAUGUCGCUCGCCCUAAAUCUUUUUCUCUCGAUCCUUCGUUUCUUUUCACUGUCUAGAUAUAUCCGCCUCUCUCAUCUUCCGUUGUUUAUACGUUUGGUUGUUGUUGAAGAAGUGCUACUACCAUGGCUACAAAGAAGAGCGUUGGGGACUUGAAGGAAGCUGAUUUGAAGGGAAAGAAAGUGUUUGUUAGAGUCAUUUGAUUUAUUUUUGAUUGAUUAAGCUAGAUCUGUUGAUGAUGGUCGUGACGCUCAAGCUAUGUGUCUAAAGGAAUUCUUCGCCGAUCCUUCUCAUUUUCCUGUUGAUCAGAUUUCUCGCCACAACUCUCUUGGAGUUGUAGACCCUCAAAGUUUGCUAGAAGAGAAAGAAGCAAUAGAAGAAAAAUUAGCACUUAGUGACUAUGAAUUACGGUUAGCUCGAGAAGAUGUUAUGAAACUGAAGACUGAGUUACAAAGGAAAGUAGAUCUCCUUCGGGAUAGAUUGAGUGAAUCAAGUGUGAGCAAUAACAUAAAUCAUGCUCUGGAAGUCCAUCAGCACAAGAGAGAUGUUCCCUUAUCUACUUUAGGCCCAUUGAAGGCUAAUGAACGUAAAGAUCUGAAUUGUGCGGUUACAGAUCAGAACCUUGAUGUUUGGGCAAACUCACCAGCAUCUGUGCCUGAUGCCUUGUGCCAUUACUAUUAUCAGUACCUGUCUUCAAGUUCGGAAGCUGCUGAGGGAAUCUUAUGCAUUGGCCUUCUCAAACGUUCUCGCCAGCAAAAGGAAAUUACAAGGGAAUAAGCAAUUCAAGAUCUGGAGGAAUUGGAGAGAAGAAGAGAAGAACUUGAACAAAUGCUGUUGGCAGAAAGGGUAUGAGAGAAUAUGGGUGAUUAAGUCAAAUGGAGAAAGGGACAUCAUGUCCUUGUUGUGUGCAAGUGUUUUCUCCCUGAGAGAGGCAAGGAACCUGACAUCAAGAAUUCAUUUUCUCUUAUCUUUUAUUUAUUUGUGUAAAUCAUUUUUCUUUGUUUAGUGACACAAUGAAUCUUUAUACAUAAUUUCUGUUGAGUUGCAUAUAAAUGAUUUUUUAAAAA